AUGAGCCGUGGAGCAGCAGCAGCAGCAGCCUCUGUACAGGUACACCAUUUAAUAGUUAUUAUAGACAUUUUAUAUACAGAUGUUGUAUUCUGCUAUGUGGUACAAUCUUUAAAAUCUGCUGUUUCAUCGUCUGUAAAUCAAAGAAGAAACAAAAACAUACAAAACUCAUCAAAACUCCAAACUGAUCAGAACUUUUUUUUUCCAUUUUCUGGAAGACUAGAAAAAAUACUUUUUUGUUGUUUUAUCGUAUUAAUCAUCAUCAUCAUCAUCGUUUUCAUGCAUCAUUACACAAACAAAAGUCUUUAGUUACACAGGAGGGGAGAAAAAUAAAGAAAAAUAAACUUCUUCUUCUUCUUCUCUGUGAGCCGCUCGCCUCAUCCCUUCAGUUAAAAACUUAAAUUAAUACAAACAAGAGCAGGAGGCCGGGCGGGCGGGACGUUCGGCCAAUCAGGCGGCAGCUGUGUGUUUAAAACCCGCCCCGGGAGGCCUCUGAUUGGACAGUUUCUCCCAGAGCGCAAACAGACUAAAAACACGUUCAGUGAUAAAAAAUAAACUCAAACUCUGCUUGUUGGAGGAAAAGUGAAGUGGACUCAAACUCACACAGUGAUCUAAGAGGAGGAGGAGGAGGAGGAGGAGGAAGAUGAGGAGGAAGAGGAGGAGGACUGAAGAGGGUUUUCUGAAUCCCCAAACUCUCCUAUUAAAGACUCUGUUACAGUUUUAAAGCCGAAAAGAUCAAACUGAGACCAGAGACUUUUCUAGACCUGUUAACACUUAAAGGGAUAUUCUGUCGUAAAAUUAAUUUAGGGUCAAACCCACCGUAACACCGAGUUAGACCCCCCCUCCAGAGAUGAAUGUUGCCGACCGCUUACUUCUCUAGUUAUACCAACUUUAGUAACGACCGCAGGAUAGAAAUACAGAGAGCCACGCGGACGCUUGUUUGUCCAUCGACUACAGCGGGGUGCCGCAGCUCAAGGAAGAACAUUUAUGAUCAUUUCUUCAUGGAAAUACAAUCAGACCGAGACGCUAAGACAGAAGAACUACCGCGUCUGUAAAAUGAUUAAUAUGGUGAUUAUUACUUCAAAGAAAUGAUAAAGAAAUGAUCAUAAAUGUUCUUCCUUGAGCUGCGGCACCCCGCUGUAGUCCCUAAUGGACUGGCCUGAGGUCUCUCUACAAACAAGCGUCUGCUGGAAGAGAGUAGGUGAGUUGUGUUUAGUCUCUUUGCUAAAGAAAUGAGUCAAAGUUAAAAAGAUGUUUGGUGUCUAGUACUAUGUCUGUGACCCUAUAUGUACUAACCUCAGUAGAACAUGGUGUAGUUCCGUUCAGUAACAGAACCUCAUUGGAAAAUUAUCUGAUUUAACUUUACUGUGCUCUUGUUCAUAUAUAUUAACUCGACAGCUCAUAAAUCCAUACCUGUUAACAAAAUCAUGAUUUUAUUGAUAAUUCGGCUCAAUAAAAACACCUUUUAAUUUUACGCCGGAGUAUCCCUUUAAGGUGGACUGAGAAGGGGAGGAAAAACACGUCACCCCACCCCACCUGGUCUUCUUGAUGGUAAACACGACCCGGUUCUGACUCGAAUCGUUGCUGCUGAGUGAAUCUUUGAACGACUCAGUGAAGCUUCAGUUUCGUCAUUUCACGAUCUUUGUGUUUUUAAACAAAAAUCGACCUUAACGACGAAAAAAUGUCAAAAUGGGAUUUUCUUCACGUCACACGCUGACUCUGCGUUUUUGGAGCUCGGGUUCAAAGUUUCCUGGUUUGAUCCGGUUUCUCGUGUCGAUUGUCUCGAACCGUCAGAACCGCAGAUGUGACCGCAACAAGAAGAAGAAGAAACCUGAGGGACUGAUCCUCCUCCUCCUCCUCUCUAAAGAACCAACGCUCCUCCAUCUUUAUACGUCAAAGGAGGAAGGUGGGCGGGGCCUGUGAGCGUCAUGACGGCAGGACUGGACGGGACUGAGGGACGAGGAUCCUCCAUGUUUAUAAAAACGAUUAUAAAAACUAGAUUUAUUUUACACAAACAGAAAACCUCCGCGAGGAACUACAGGAACGCUAACCCUCGCCAUCCUUCGCUCCUCGAACGCAGGGCUCUGAUUGGCCCACCAGGGGCUGAGGUGAGGGUGACUUUAACAGUCCUCAGGAGCCGCUCCCGCCAAGGUCGUCCAAUCAGCUCGCAGGAUGUCAGAGAGGACGCAGAGGCCUGACGUUUGACCGUGACUCGGAUCGUGAAGAUCCGAUAAAAACUACAAACAGAAAAAUCGGAGGGUUCAAAGGUCAAACCAUCUGUGCGUCUUCUGGGACCCCUGCUCCAGGUCCAGGUCUUAAAGGAAAAACCCCCUCAGGUCCUGCUGCUGGUGGAGGAGGAGGAGGUCCAGGAGGUUGGAGAAGUCCUCCUGACUGAGGAGAGUCUGUUUCUCUCUUCACUCAUUGGUCAGUUUAGUGUCUCAGAUGUUUGUUCGCUGACCUUCAGAUCCUCCUCAGAUCUCCAACCAUGGGAGCUGGAGGUCCUGAUGGAGGUCCUGAUGGAGGUCUGUUCCUCCUGACUGUUUAAAACUCCUCAGACCUGAAGACUCCCCUUUAGAUCUUUGAUAAUCUGGAAUAUUUGAACGAUAAUCCAAACGUUCCUCAGAGCAGCAGGAACCAAAAACUGGACCUGCUGGACCAGAACCAGCAGCAGGUUUUUGGGGGUUUUUCCUUUAAGAGCUUCGUCCGCUCCGUCUGA